AUGAACAUGAACAUGAACAUGAACAUGGACAUUAACAUUAACCUGAACAUUAACAUCAACAUUAACAUUAACAUUAACCUGAACAUGAACAUGAACAUGAACAUGAACAUGAACAUGAACAUGAACAUGAACAUGAACAUGAACAUGAACAUGAACAUGAACAUGAACAUGAACAUGAACAUGAACAUGAACAUGAACAUGAACAUGAACAUGGACAUGGACAUGGACAUGAACAUGAACAUGAACAUGAACAUGAACAUGAACAUGAACAUGAACAUGAACAUGAACAUGAGCAUGAACAUGAACAUGAACAUGAAUAUGAACAUGAACAUGAACAUGAACAUGAACAUGAACAUGAACAUGAACAUGAACAUGAACAUGAACAUGAACAUGAACAUGAACAUGAACAUGAACAUGAACAUGAACAUGAACAUGAACAUGAACAUGAACAUGAACAUGAACAUGAACAUGAACAUGAACAUGAACAUGAACAUGAACAUGAACAUGAACAUGAACAUGAACAUGAACAUGAACAUGAACAUGAACAUGAACAUGAACAUGAACAUGAACAUGAACAGGAACAGGAACAUGAACAUGAACAUGAACCUGAACCUGAACCUGAACCUGAACCUGAACCUGAACCUGAACCUGAACCUGAACCUGAACCUGAACCUGAACCUGAACCUGAACGUGAACGUGAACGUGAACGUGAACGUGAACGUGAACGUGAACGUGAACGUGAACGUGAACGUGAACGUGAACGUGAACUCUUACGAGAACUCGACCAAUGUAAGACAAACCACCUCAACAUCGUCAUCAUCCAGCGCCAGGGCACAUUACGCUGGCCAAGAAUCAGCAGUGCAAUCUACCAGAUCGUCAGCCACCUGUGUCCUCUGUUCCGAGAAACACUACGUCGCUCACUGUCCUCGAUACCUCAAUCAGACGAGACGACAGCGUCGCGAAAUGGUUGUUAAGCACAAACUGUGCUAUAAUUGUCUAGGCUUACACUCAUCCAAAGCCUGCAGCUCCCCAAAACGCUGUAUGAAGCAAACCACAACUCCCAGGCUCAUCCAUCCGUCUGGAGCCCACGUUAAUCAUGUUAGCGGACUUGAACCCAGCUGCGUGCUGCUGGCCACCGCAACACUCAUCGCUACAUCCGAAUCCGGAGAAGAGACCUGCGUACGAGCUUUGCUGGACCAAGGCUCAGAAAUCUCGCUGAUCUCGGAGCGUAUUGCGCAGCAACUUCGCUUACAACGCAAGUCCACCUCGAUGCCUAUUGUCGGAAUAGGCGGACACACAUCAAGUAGAACCUAUGGGAUUGUUCACCUCCAGAUCCAGGCGCAUUUCAAUUCAGCCAUAACCAUGGUCAUUUCAUCCAACCACCUAGACCCAGAUUUCUACACUGUCGGACCCAUUGACAUUAUUCUCGGCGCCGAUAUUUAUGGCCAAAUUCUUGAAGAAGGAGUAGUUAAGGGCGCUGCUCGCACUCCAACCGCCCAGCUUACCCAAUUCGGGUGGAUCGUUUCUGGACCGUCAGGCCAUGACCACAUGCCCUCGUCUUGUCAGGUCCUUCAUGCUCACGUGGACGACGAGCUCCAUGAAGCUCACAUGACCAAGCUUUCGAAGGCCGAAUUCCAAUGCGAGAAGCAUUUUAAAGAAACACACUCCAGAGACGAGGCGGGCCGAUAUAUCGUCCGCCUACCAUUCAAGACCCCUCCUAAAAAUAAGAAAAUGUUCAAGUAG